CUCCAUCUUCGAUUUCUUGACUCGCGCACCAUCUGUACUUUUGAUGUGUUUUCUGUGUGUCUUCCUUGCGUCUUCAAAUCCGGCCCCAUGGCGUCCUCUUUGCUCCCUCGCAUAAGCCGCUCGGCCGCCCACCUCGCCCGCAAUGCUCCUCCUCGACUGCUCUGUCCUCUCAUCUCAGUCAGAGCAGCCUCCACCUCCAAACACCCAAGGGGCUUUACGCCUCCCACGAGCGAAGAUCUGUACGAGCUCCGCGAACGAGUACAAGAGUUCACACGGCGCGAGAUCCCCGAAGAAGUCGCGGCCAAGACCGACUCGUCCAACGAGUUCCCCAACGAAAUGUGGAAGAAGCUCGGCGAGGCAGGCUUUCUGGGCCCUACGGUCGACGAAGAUUACGGCGGCCUAGCCAUGGGAUACCAGGCACACUGCGUGAUCAUGGAGGAGAUAAGUCGCGCGUCUGGCUCGAUCGGGCUCUCGUACGCCGCCCAUUCGCAACUGUGCGUGAACCAACUCAGCCUAAACGGCAGCACAGAGCAAAAGGAGCGUAUCCUGCCGGGCUUGAUUUCGGGCGACAAGAUCGGCGCGCUCGCCAUGUCGGAACACUCGGCCGGCAGCGACGUCGUGAGCAUGAAGACCACGGCCAAGGCCGUUGAUGGGGGUUACCAGCUCAAUGGGACGAAGAUGUGGAUCACAAACGGGCCGGACGCGGAUUAUAUCGUUGUGUACGCAAAGACGGAGCCUGAGAAGAAGAGCAGGGGCAUCACGGCGUUCAUCGUGGAGAGGGACUUCAAGGGGUUCAGCGUAGCACGCAAGCUCGAUAAGUUGGGCAUGCGGGGCUCGAAUACCGGCGAGUUGGUGUUCGACAACGUCUUCGUGCCGAAGGAGAAUAUCCUGGGCGAGAUUAACAAGGGUGUCACGGUGCUCAUGGAGGGGCUGGACCUUGAGAGAUUGGUCCUCAGCGCGGGACCGCUGGGGAUAAUGCAGGCUUGUUUGGACCUUGUGCUGCCGUAUACACACCAGCGCAAACAGUUCGAUAUGCCAAUUGCUCAUAACCAGUUGAUUCAGGGGAAGCUGGCGGAUAUGUAUACCAAGUUGCAGGCCAGCAGGGCGUAUACGUACGAAACGGCGAGGAAGGUUGAUGAAGAAAAGCAGAUUCGUACGCAGGAUUGCGCGGGGGCGAUCCUGUAUGCUGCUGAGCGAGCGACAGAGUGCGGGCUAGAUGCGAUUCAGUUGAUGGGUGGGAAUGGCUAUGUCAAUGAGAUACCGGCGGGACGGUUGUUGAGAGAUGCGAAGUUAUAUGAGAUCGGGGCAGGCACGAGCGAAAUCAGGAGGAUGGUCAUUGGGAGGGCCUUUAACAAGGAAUAUAAAGACCAGGGUAUCUAAGACCGGAAAUUCUGGGAUCGUGGCCAUCCUUAUGAGUGUGGAGGACUUUCAGAGCGGGAGAACUACCCAAAAGCAAGCCGACUCUGGCCCUUCUCAGGUUUUGAGCCACGUCCUCGAGCACUUGCUCCGCCGCGUUUGGGUUUGGUAUGCAACAGACCGGGGGGCCGACUAUUUGUUGGACCUGUGACAGAGGGCUUGUCUUGAGCUUGAAGCUCUUUGGCAAAGUGCCAAUCUUCAUGCUCAGCCCGGUCGCAUUCGUCUAUCGACUUCUGACAUGGUCGACAGAAGUAUGUGGCGAUAUCCCGUCCGUGCAAGUCAUGGUCAUGGCCGGCGCGUUCGCCGUGCUGGGCCUCGACAUCCUCCUCGCGGGAUGAUUCGUGCACCCGGUCUUCACCCGCCGAGUCAUUCGUGUCGCCAGUGCUCUCGCUUUUGGCGAAGAAUCGAGCGAUGUUCGGCCCGUCACUAAGUCUGCGACGUUUCUCAGGUCGGGACUCCUCGAGAUUUGGGGUGGUGGUAUCGCUUCGAGAGGGCACGUCCACGGCAGCCUUCGCUUCGUCUCCUUUCAAGAGGAAGGUAUCAAUACCUCUAUUGCCCGAAACGCCGUCUUCAAAGCCUCCGACGCUAAGUGAGAGGUUCGCACAUGGCCACGCUCGGCCAUCUGUGACGACUUGUCCGAGUAAUGUUUUCGCAAGAUCGAAAAGUAAUGUUUCAUCAAUCUUCUUGCCUGACGGGAUUGGCAAUUGCUUGGACUUGGUCUGUCCACCUUGACGGUGGUGCAAGGUUAUUGUCUUUGGCCUUCUUUUGUUCUCGAGCACGCCUUCUUCAACGAGACGGGAAUAGAUAUCUGCCACGAAAAUACGCAGCCACUUGUUCGCCGAGUCGGUGGUGUUGAUGCUCGGUCUGAAUGAUUUGGCUGAUAACAUUGAUUUGAUUUGCGUCCGUGAGCUGACCUCACUAUUGUCUUCACCG